AUGUUUUUAACGGCCGUGGCUCGUCCUCUCUUGGGUUUUGAUGGUAAGAUCGAAAUAUGGCCUUUUGUGGUUCAAGAAGCCGCAAAAAGGACAAGCAAAAACCGCAAAGCUGGGACAAUGGAAACCAAGGAAAUGAAAUCUGUUGACAAAGAGGUUAUGUGGUGUUUUUUUAUUGAGAAAUUGCUGCCUGCUAUCAAGAAGAAAUGGCCGUUUAAUAAUUGUAAGAAAAUCUUUAUUCAACAAGAUAAUGCAAAACCACAUGUCCACGAGAAUGAUAAAAAAUUUGUGGAAGCGGUUAGAAGUUACGGGUUAGAUAUAGAGUUGUUGUGUCAACCUCCAAACAACCCCGACUUGAAUGUUUUAGACCUUGGGUUCUUCAGUGCUAUUUCUUCACUUCAUCAUAUUGAUGCUCCAACCACAGUAGAUGAGUUUAUCGCAAGUGUUACGAGAGCGUUUGAAAAUUUCUCGGUUGAAGACGAAAAUAAUGUUUUCGUAACAUUACAAUCUUGCAUGAAGGAGAUUCUUAGAAUUAAGGGUGGGAUUCUCUACAAGAUUCCUCAUAUGCAUAAAUGA